GUCCGUUGCUCACUGUACUGCAAGUCUGAACACCAUUGAAGAUUCGGAGGUAGGGCUUUGCAAAGCUUCAAUGGAGUUGGGAACAAGAAGUCGCCGGCGUUCCCCGGAGCCAGGCCCAGGCCGCGGAGCGGACUACCUCAGCGCCCUCCCCGACGAUCUUCUGCUCCUGGUCCUCGCCCGCCUCGGCUGCGCCGCCGCCGCCGCGCGCACCGGCCUCCUCGCCCGCCGGUGGCGCGGCCUCUGGGCCCGCCUCCGCGACCUCGCCUUCCGGGACGUCGCGUUCCCGUCGCUCCAGGUGGCGCUCGGCCGCGUCGCCGUCCCUCCGCCAGCGGUCUCUCUCCUCGAGAUCCGCGUCCCCGGCAAGAUCAGGCCUGCCGCCGACGCCGUCACCUCACUGCUGCGCGCCGCCGCGCGGCUCGCGCCGGAGAAACUUGUCUUCGGCCUUACGGGACAUCUUCCGCUCCAAGAUCCGAAUCCCGCGGGCGUCGACCUGCCGUGCUUCCACCGCGCCACCUCGAUUGUGCUGGAGUGGAUCCCCUUCGUCCUCCGCGCACCGGCCGCCGGGGGCGAGUUCCCCGCCCUCCUGAAGCUGUCCCUCACGGGCUGCAAAGUCGACGACCUCGGCACCUUGCUCUCCCUCUGCCCACGCCUGCGCGUUCUCAGGCUCAAGAGCCUAAUUUGGCUCGGUGGCGACGACUUGACGACAGUCCACUCGGCGUCGCUGCAGGAGCUUGUCAUGGAGAGCAUCUGGACACACCGAGUCGAUAUCGUUGCUCCCAUCCUGAAGCAAUUGACGCUGUCCUCAUGGGCCGAAGCGCAGGUGAGCAUCUCCAUCUUGGCACCAAUGAUCCAGAAUGUCUCGUGGCAGUGGCUCUAUGACAAUGGAACUAUUGGGUUUGGUCUUUGGACCCUCGAGAAGCUGAGGCUACAGACGGCACAGAGACAGGGACAACUCCCUUCGCUGCUCAUUCAUGCCUCCAGUAGCUGGUAUAGUUUUACCGAUGAAGCCGCAAACUUUGCACAAGAGAUAGAGAAGCAUAUGGUUACUGACUUCUUUGCUUUGGAGCUACAUCUGAGAACAACAGGUCAUGUUUUUGGAGAAUUUGUGUUGCAUUUUCUUGGAUUGAAUCGGAUCCGCAGUGUUAUACGAAGACUUAAGGUCGUCCGAGUCCGACAGGGAUCAUGGGGGGAUGAAGCAUGCCCUGCAAAUUGUCCUUGUGACACUAUGAACUGGAGGACCCAAACUAUCUCCUUGACUGCCCUUGAAGAUUUAGAAAUCAAUGGCUUCGAAGCAGAGGAUCAUGAACUUGAUUUCUUGAAACUGAUACUCCAUUCUGCGCCAAUGCUUAAAACAGUGAUUGUGAAGUUGUCAGAUGAGAUCUCGUCAAGUGAUGAUACAAUCACGAAAAAAUGCAACAUCUUCAGAGCGUACCCUUCUGUGAAAUGUAAUGUUUAUCUGAGCUCUGGGUUAAUGCAUCAGAGCCAAAAUUGCCUGCUGACAUGAUUUUCAUCCUUACAUGGACAAGAUCAUCCCUCCCCAUGCUGGGCAUCUCUACAUAUUAGCUGGUUUCAGGAUUUUGCUUGGAGCCUGGUUUCUGGGACCCAUAAAAUGAGGGGUUGUUUUGGCGGUGCGGUGCGCUGCUGUUAUAGGCUCAGAGUGUUGCAAUCAUAGUUAUAUUUGGUUGGCCAAAUUAUUCUGCUGAACCGGUAUAUGCAAGUCAUGUUCUCCAAGUGAUUCUGUUAACCCUACGAUUUCUGUUGCAUAUCACUGUUUCUUUUCGUUU